UUGAGUUAAUUGCGGGCAUGUAGGAGUAUUCAGCCUAGACCCUGAAGUUUGCUUUGGUCACUGGCUUAAAAUAGAUUCGAGGGGGACUAAUCUGAUUUUCCAAAUAAAUCACUACUUCAAAUGAGCAGAAAACUUUCAGCAGACUUUUUUUUCCCUGAACUUCAGUUUGAUGAAAACAGAACAUCUAUCAUUUAUACAAAAAAACAAAGACUUAUUCCUGAUAAGGGUCACGGCAACCUGGAGUCCAGCCCAGAAGCAGAGGGUGGAAGGCAGGGCUGCAGAAUAUCCAGGAGAGCAUGCAUGUUCAUCACGGGACACCAACACGCAUGCGCAGGGACAACUGUGAGACACCAGCUUCUCUUUGUGAGGAAGAGCAGAGAAACACACGUGUGGGGAGUACCCCAAGCUGGAAUUCAACCAAGCACAGCGCAAAUAAGAUUUACAUGGUGAUAGAUCGUCAUGAGCACAGGUGGGGAACAGUGCUAUAAAAAUGACUGCUUGAACCUCCCCUGCUCUGGAAACUUUAAAUGCUUUACAAUUAUUAAGAAGUGCGGCUAUAAAGGAAACCGAAAAGGCAGCCCCGAUGUUACUCCGCGGAAAACCAGGGACUGAGGCCGACAGGUUUCGCAGACGUCAUGCUCUUUAUUGUGCGGAACUCGUAACGGGCUCAGAACUGCAAAACCCCUCCAGGCCACCUGUGAGCCGUAAAGCGCUGUGUGUGACACCCGAAUCGAGACUGCCGUGGGGAUAGGUUGCUGUCUGAAGAUGUGGCUCCUGCUGUUUGCUGCCGGGUUCCUGAUCCUCGGAUUCGCCCUUUAUUCCCGCCUGUUCGCCAACAGCGCCAGCCCGUUCUCCCGGGACGCUGUGAGGCCGCCGGCCCCGCUGGUGACCGACCAGAAGCAGAGAGACAAGGUCCUCAAGCAAGGGUUCAGCGCAGAUCGGGUGCCGGCGGAGCUCGACGCCGUAGUGAUCGGCAGCGGUAUCGGAGGGCUGACGGCGGCGGCUGUCCUGGCGAAGGCGGGCAAACGGGUUCUGGUCCUGGAGCAGCACGACCAGGCUGGGGGCUGCUGCCACACCUACAUGGAGAAGGGCUUCGAGUUUGACGUCGGGCUCCACUACCUGGGGCAGCUUCACGAGAACAGCCUGCUGCGCGUCGCCGUGGACCAGAUCACCGAGGGGCAGCUGCAGUUCGCCCAGCUGGAGCAGCACUUCGACACCGUCAUCAUCGGGGAGAAGGAGGCUCGCCGGCACUACCACAUUCACAGCGGCAAGACCGAGAUGGCGGAGUCUCUCCGAAGACAGUUUCCCCACGACACGGAGGCCGUGGAUGAGUUCAUGAGGCUCAUGAAGAUAGCGGCUAGGAAGACUCACUACCUGGCCUCUCUCAAGCUGGUGCCACUAUGGCUGGCUCUCUUCCUGAUCAAGACUCGACUCGUCCACUGCUUCUCUUCCAUCUUCCGAAUGUCAGCCACCAGCCACACAGAGGUCCUCAACACGCUGACCAGCAACAAAGACCUCCACGUCAUCUUCUCCUACUUCUUCUAUGGUGUGCCUCCUAAAGAUUCCAGCUGUACCAUUAACACCCUGCUGCUCCAGCAUUACAAGAGAGGCGCUUACUACCCCAGAGGAGGGGCCAGCGAGAUCCCCUUCCACAUCAUCCCAGUCAUCCAGAAGGCAGGGGGCGCUGUGCUGGUCAGAGCCCCUGUCCAGCGCAUACUUGUGAACCAGGAGGGCGCGGCAUAUGGAGUGACUGUGAAGAAAGGUCAGGAAGAAGUCAAAGUCCUGGCCCCAGUGGUUAUCUCUGACGCUGGGAUGUUCAACACCUUCGAGAAGUUCCUGCCCCCGGAGAUACAGGCUAAACCCGAGAUUCGCUCUCGACUCAGCAUGGUUAGGCACAGCAUGGGCUCCUUCUUGGUCUUUGUGGGCCUGGAUGGUACCCAGGAGGAGCUGAGCAUCGUGUCCACCAAUUUCUGGCUUUUUAAAAACAAUGACAUGGAUGGCUCGAUGGACUACUUUGCCUCUCUGAGCAGGGAGGAGGUGGCUGACAACAUCCCCAUGAUGUUCAUCACUUUUCCCUCGGCUAAAGACCCGACGGCCAAGAUCAGACACCCAGGGAAGUCCUGCAUGACCCUGCUGACCAUGGCGAAGUACGAGUGGUUCGAGGAGUGGAAGGACACCACUGUGAAGAAGAGGGGACCAGACUACGAGAGCCUCAAGAUGGGCAUCGCCAAUGCACUCCUGGGCUGGGCCCUCGAAAUUUUCCCUCAGCUCAGAGACAAGGUGGUGUUCAUGGAGGCAGCCACCCCCCUCUCCAACAUGCACUACCUGGGUUCCCCUCGUGGGGAGAUGUACGGCGCCGAGCAGGAUCUGGCCAGGUUCACCCCAGAGGUGGUGGCCAGAAUCCGGUCAGAGACACCGGUCAGGAAUCUCUACAUUACUGGCCAGGAUGUGUUCUGUAAUGGGAUUGCAGGGGCACUGCACGGGGGUCUGCUGUGCGCCUCUACGGUCCUCAAUCAAAUUAUCUACAUCGACCUCCUGGUUCUCAAGAAAAGGCUCAAGUGGGAGAAAGCCCGAAAACGAUCCUGACUGCAGUGCGCCCUCUGCUGGACAAAGAGAGCACUACGCCCGUGCGGAGAACAGCCAUGAAUAAUUGAAACCGAGGGACGAGAAGUGUCUGAAUUUAGAACAUUUAUCACCCCUAUAAGUUCACAACUGAUUUUCCUCCUUUUGGUUGAGAGGGAUGCUGUGUUCACUCCAGGAAAAAAAAAUUGGACAAACUGGGAGAUGGCGAAAAAUACUUUUGGAAAAGCGCUCCAUUUCCUCGGGGCAGGGAAAGAUCGGUCACCACACGUUCUCAGAGACAAAGACGAAACCAAGCACCCGACCCGAAAGGCACAAAAUAAUUGUUUAGUAAUAAUUGAUCUGCUCUGACAUGAACAGCAAUGCAGAGCAUGGGUUGAAGCAACUGUCACUGAAUUUAAGAUACAUACACAAUUAAGGUAUAAAAAUACACUACAGCAGCACAUUAUUAAAGCUAUACAUGCAGUAAGGAAAUGUAAACUUCCAUAAAAAUGAUCAGUUAUAUACAGAAAGUCUUUUUGUCUUCUGUGUUGAUACUUCUAAGUAAUCUUUUGUUUUCUUAUUUUGCUCUUUGUAUAAUAAUAUAUACAUGUAGUCAUUUUUAAGUAAGUAGCAUCAACAGACCUUUUUAGCCCAAUGAACAAGUGAUCACUCAAUCCCUGCUUCUCUCUUUUGUUUUCUGUUAAUUAGUUUUCUUUGACUUGUUCCUGGAAGAACUGUGCAUUAGGUACUAACAAUGCAACAGCCAGCGAACCAGUAUCAUUGAUAUGCUGAUAUAAGAAGUAAUUCAAUUAAACAGUCUGUUCAUGAAA